GUUUUUUUGGCUCCAGCCACGCCUGCGACCAGGAGUCACCCAUGUCUCUUCGCAAGAACGUGUACGAGGCAUUGAAGUCAGCCAGGGCCACCCCGAGCUGCUCCGUUCGGCAGACCUCCGCUUCAAGCAGCGCCGCGCGGUCGGGCUCCGUGCACGACUUCCAUCGCGCGGCCUUGCGGCACCACGCGCGGCUCAAGCGCUUCCUGGCUGUGGUGGAGCAGCACUCAGAGGACUUCGAGUCGUACAUCUCGAACUUGCGCCAGCCGCCGCAGAGGAGCGAGAAGCCGCGCGUCCCGUUGGCGAAGCAGUGUGUCCUCAGCUCACGGACUGAGCCCAGCAUUCCCUUGGCUAAGAGUUGUUUGCUCAUCAGCUCAAAAGGGCCGGGGCAGAACGCCGUGGUGUCGUUGUGAACUGCAAGCACCCAAAUGUUGUUCGGCUCGUCUGGGAAAGGUUUUGAGCAACGGUAAAUAUUUGUCAUGUACAGUCACCGCCUCAAUUCCCAGGUUCUGAGGAACGUCAGUGGCGCAAAUGGUCGAAUGGCAAAUGGCCUGCCCAAGUUAGCACCACCGUAUCUCCCACCAACUCGCGGGUUUGAGCUGCUAAAAAAGCGAGUCUUUUGUGGAUGGGAUUGUACAGAGCAUGAUUUUGGCAAAUGUUUUAAACUGGCGUGCGCCGGGCAUGUAGUUGCCAAGGGCUUGUGCACGUCAAAGUUUCAAUGCACGUAUAUGCACGUCACAUGUUUAUGUGACAGUUGUUGGCCGCGCGGAGCGCGUCCGGCUUCAAGACUUGCAAACAGGGGAGAGGGUUGUGUCGCCAAUGCGUCCGAGAUCCUCUUGAUCUGGUGUUGCAAUCGCACGACAAAACCGGAGGAGGGAGCUAUGCCGAGAGUGCUUCUAUU